AUGGAGGGCCGCAUCUUCAUCACCAUCAAUGACGAUGAAGACGAUGGAGACAGCCAUGAGGGAUCCUCGACUUUUGAGCCUGUUGCAGCGCGAGAGCAGGAACCCUCUGUGUUCGGUUCCUUGGGCACCCGGUACAGCUACUCAUCCCCAAAUGUGAAGCUCGAGCCUCAAGAAACUCCAAUGGAGACAAUUUUCGAGCGCGCACCCGAUACUGAAAAUGAGGGCCAAGAAGAGCCCCAAGCCCCGCUGGAAGAAAACAAUCCAACGGGCCAGGUUGACCAAACUAUGUCAGACUCUGGCAUCCAAGAGCAAGAGAACUCGCAAGACCUGGCCGAAGAGCAUACUUCGGAGGACGAGGCCGACGAAAUUAUGCUCGAUAUUGAGACUGAAAGCCACGACGAGCCUGAAGUCUCACCUGAAGAGGAACCAUCAGAGGAGCAGCCUGACCAAGCCAUGUCAAGCACUGCGACCGAGGGUCUGGAAGAGUCUUCGACUAGGGUCGAAGAAGACCUUCCAGAGGAGCCAGUCAGCUAUGCCCUCCCAGACCUUGGAACUCAUGACCAAGGAGAGCCCCAGGUUCCACUUGAAAAAGAAGCAUCUCUCUUUUUCACGGACGAAGAGGAUGCAAUGGACACACAACUCGAACAGGAGGUUCACAACACUACCACCCUUGAUGAUAAUCAAGCUGUUGCUAGCUGCGGCGACGAACCUACUUCAACUGAAGUGGGCGAUGAUGCUACCCAUUUUGGGCACAAGAUUUCCAGCUCUGGUCAAUUCAAGGUCACGGGCGAUGUGUCAGACAGCGAAGAAGAACAGAACGACGAGCAAGAGGAUAUGGCCGAAAACCUGGAAAACCAAAAUCCAGAUGAAGAUGAUGGUACGCGCGGGGACGAGAGGGCUGAAGAUUACGAGGAGCACUUUGACCCAGAUUUUGACCAAGAAUAUGAUGAAGUUCAAGGGGAGGAGGAGGCACAACAAGUCGAUGAAGAAGACGAGGGUGGUGAUGAAGGCCCUGAGCAUCAAGAAAAUUCGAGCCACAGGCCUGGCGAAGGCGACGACGGGAGUGAAUACGAAGAAACAGACUCUGAACAGGACUCAGACAACGAAGGAGCCAAUGCAACGAAGACUCCAGCUUCUGAUGCCAAGGUCCCACGUGGCAAAAAAACCAAGUCAAAGAAUAAGGAUCCAACGAAGACCAAGUUUGCCCGAACAGCUAGGGAGUUCUUUAGACGCAAGAACGUGGCCGCAGAAGCUAAAACAGCUGGCUUGAAGCGAAAGGCCGAGACGCAAAAGUCGGCACCGUCUAAGAGAAAGAAAUCGGCGAACCAGACGGGCUGGAGGGACAAUGAGCCUUGUAUGAGGCUCGCGAAGAAGCUUUUCGAGACCGAAGACUUGCCCAAUGCCGCCAGUGAAGGGUCCUUGCCGAGCCUGGGAUCGAUCAAGGCGACUACACAAGCAGAUCAAUUCGCGCAGAUCAAAGCGAAGAUACCUAAAGGCGGGGAUACACGCCGUAUGGCUUCGCAGGAAAAAGAUCUAAAAAUGGCUGUCAAGAGCUUCGGAUACAAGAGAAUGGUAGCAGACAAUGGACUCUGGGCUCAUAAAGACAUGGAGACUAGUCUUUUUAGCUACCAAGUCACCAUUGCGUCUUGGAUGAUAGAGCGUGAAUGCUCCGGGUCCUCUCCCCUUGGCGGAUUGGUUGGAGACGAGAUGGGAAUGGGCAAGACGCUUGUCAGUAUUGCUUGUGCUGUUGGCCAUCCUCCAGAAGCUGAGGAUAUCGAGAAAUUCUGUAAAGCUACUUUGGUUAUUGUGCCAAACAAAAUGAUUGCUCGCCAGUGGGUGGACGAAAUAAGGAAGCAUUGCAAAGAGCAUAUCCGGAAUCUGGCUUCCAUCUACCGAUUCGGAGAUGAUGCCGGGACUGAGUUCUACAAAGAGAAAUUCUUUGUGCUUGCAACCUACCGCGACAUUAUGCAUCAGCAUCCUGGCAUAGCUCAGGUUCAAGAGUGGAAAGAGAAAUAUGAACACGACACAGUGUCGUUCAAUCGCGAGUUUAGCAAAGCUGCUGGAGAACUUUUCAAAGUUGAUUGGUACCGAAUCAUACUUGACGAGGCCCACCAGAUCAAGAACGUUAAAGGUCACAAAUUCUUCCCGUACCUUAAGUUUCUUGACUGUCCAUUCACCGAUUCAUCCUUCAAUUUCCACAACAAGUUCGUUGACGGAUUCCGAGGCAGGCAAAAUUUCGACGCCCUCGUCGGAUUAGUUAUGUACAGGAGAACAAAAAAAGACUCCUUUUUGGGACACAAGAUUCUUGAUCUCCCGGCCAUGCACAGUGAGAAUAUCUGUGUCUCUAUAAGCCGAGAGGAGCAAGAUAUCUACGAAACUGUCUUUGAGCAUUACGAUAAGGCCAUCCGUCAAAUGAGAGGAAAAGAACAAGAGAAGGGCUAUCUCACAGAGAGUGAGAAGGAUAAGCUGUCCCAAAUCUACCUCGCUCAAUCCACCAGGCUUCGACAAACUGUGUCACAUUUUUUCGACAUAGAGCGUUUCUUUAGGGAAUCCAUCAAAGACGUCGAGUUGGAGUCUCUCAUGGAGAUUCUCAAUUCAAGAUCCGAGAAGGGAAAACUAAUUGAUAAUCUGAAGCAUCAAGAAGGAGUCGCGGGCUAUUCUCUAGGCUUGAAGAGAUUGGAAGGACAGAAGGCCAACGUAUUUGGCGGUUCAUUUAACGUCCCGAACUUUCUCAAGGUGUCUCGAAAUGAGAUUCGAGCACGAAGCAAGAGCUGCCGAUGCCUAAUUUGCAACAAAGACGAUAUGCCCAAGGAGCCGAUGAAGAGCUAUCCGUGUGGGCACAUUUAUUGCAUGAAAUGUCUCUGUGAGACGGUUUUCGCAAAAUCUGGGGUGAAAUGUCUGCACGCGAGUUGCACGCAACCCCUCAGGGCAGGACCUGCUGUCGAGAUUUUUGACACCAUGAUGACCACCGCCAAAGAAGACAAGACCUAUAAGGAGCCAGGCGAGGACAGCCUCAACGUACGAAUCGCCAGAAAGAAGGAUGCGAAUGGUUUUUUUACCGCAACUUUCUUCAAACCCAACCAUUUUCAGAUGCCCCCCAGCACAAAGUUGACUGCAGCCUUAGCCGUGAUUUUGACAUGGCAGGAGAAUCACCCAGAUGACAAGAUUCUAGUUUUCACCCAGUUUGUCAUGUCUGGGAAGAUCCUGGGCUAUAUGCUGGGCCAGCUCGGGAUACAGUUCCUCUAUCUUUAUGGCAGCAUCGAUGAUCGCGGGCGAAAGAAGGCUAUUGACGCUUUCAAGGAAAAACCAGAGAAGAAGAUUAUGAUAAUCGGACUGAGGUGCGGCGGCCAAGCGUUGAACCUGACAUCAGCAAACCGAGUUAUACUUAUCGACCCCUGGUGGAACAACGUCCAAGAGAGUCAGGCCUUUGGUCGCGUAUGGAGACAUGGACAGGCCAAGGAGACGCAUUUGGUUCGCAUAUGGGCAAACACGCCCAUGGAUCAAUAUAUUUUCAAGCUCCAGAACGACAAGGCACUGGCAGUGGACUAUGCUCUGCAGGAUGAUAACCACAAGCCUGCAGUCCUGGAUGACGAAAGGCUGCAGAAACUCUUCGCACCCAUACAGAGAGUGAAAUCGAAGGGGCCAAAGCAGAAGAAGAAGUCAAAUACCGUGAACUCAAAACAGAAAAGCGGUUAA